AUGGAUGACGAACAUGUGAAACAGCUCCCGACCAGCCAUAUCGAGGAAUCUCCCCAUGAUGCUCGCGCACUCAUCACAUUCGAGGGCCUCUCCGCCGAGGAGGAGCAGACGCUGGAGAAACGACUGGUGCGGAAGAUUGACCUGCACUUGAUCUCGUCCCUUUUCCUGUUGUUCAUCUUCAACAUCUUGGACCGAACCAACAUUGCCAGUGCCCGGCUUGGUGGGAUGCAGACCGAUUUGGGUCUCAGUGAUACCCAGUACCAGACCACCGUCGCCAUCAUGUUCGUCGGCUAUCUGCUCGGACAGGUGCCCAGCAACAUUGUGCUCACUCGAGUGAGACCUUCACGCUAUCUCCCUCUCGCCAUUUUCAUCUGGGGCUCCAUCUCCAUGUGUGCGGCGGCCACCCAGAACUUUGCCGGAAUCAUGACUGUGCGGAUCUUGUUGGGAUUUGCAGAGUCGCCGUUCUUUUCCGGGGCGGUUCUCUUGAUCAGUUCGUGGUAUAAGCCUGCCGAGAUGCCCCUCAGAGUGGCUCUCAUGUACUGUGGAAGUACCAUUGCCAAUGGAUUCGGGGGUCUCCUCGCGGCCGGUGUGCUGAGUGGCUUGGAUGGAGCCGGCGGUCUCCAGGGAUGGAGGUGGCUGUUCAUCAUCGAGGGGGCCGGCACGGUGGUGGCGGGGAUUCUUGCCCUCCUCCUCCUCCCGGAUUACCCUCGGUCUGGCCAGCGGAAAUGGCUGUCUGAGCAGGAACAGCGGUUCGCCGAGUGGCGACUGGCGCGGGCGGCCAACGACGAAAUUGACGAGAACGGCUCGAUCAAGGCCGCCUUGGUCGAUGCAGUCACCGACUACAAAACAUGGGUUCUGGUGGUCAUUCAAGUGUGUCUGCUGUCGUCUCAGACGUGGACCUACUUUUUUCCGUCUAUUGUCAACACCCUAGGAUUCAGCCAUACGGUGACGCUCCUCAUCACGGCGCCAGUGUAUGUGUUUGGAUUCCUCACCUCAUUAGGCAACUCGAUCAUGGCAGAACGCACCCACCAGCGUGCCAGUCUGAUAGUGUGGCCGCUGCUACUGGACAUUGUGGGCAACAUGAUGGUCAUCAACACACAUUCCCUGGCUCCCCGAUACGUGGGCAUGUUCCUGAUGUGUGCCGGCUCGUUCUCGGCCUUCAACGUGAUUGAAGCCUGGGUGGCCAGCACCGUGCCUCGCACCCGCACCAAGCGCGCCGUCGUCUAUGCCCUGGUGAACCUAAUUGGGAACUCGUCCAAUAUCUAUGGUUCGUACUUCUUCCCCAGCUCCGACGCUCCUCAGUUCCGCAUGGCCGGCAUCAUCCUGUCGUCCUUUGCUGGCACCGGCGCCGUCGUCGCCGCGGCUUUGGGGGCGUGGUUGCGAUAUCUGAAUAUCCAGGCGACGCGGGAGGAGCAGAUUGAUGGACUGCCACGUUACAAGUAUCUUUGGUGA